AUGUCGCAUGUAAAUAACAAAGCUCUUGUAUACGACACGCUCAAAACAUUGGGACGCAGUACCAAAGUACUACCAACAAAUCAAGAAAGAAGCACCGAUUUUUUCACACAAGACUAUGAAGAAGACGAAAUAUAUGCACCGGACAGUUUCUCCAAAUUUUUUGGUGACUUUAUUAUUGAAGAAGACGUCGAAGAUGCAAUAAAACGUCUUCAGUCAGAAAUUCAGGCGAAAAUUGAAGAAACAAGAGCAAUGAGCGACGAUUCUUCAAAUUCGUCGUUGUCGGACGAGGAAGAACUAAAUACCGCAAAAGUUACCGGAAAGAAGAACCAAACCAUAAUAAAGGUUUUUAAAAAGAUGUUGAAACUCUCUUAA